GGAACGGGGCGGGACAAGAUGGCGCGGGGUCGGCGGCGGGAGGCAGCGGUAGCCUCCGCUUGAGAGCCCCCCCCCCCCUCCCCGGACGGCAGCGGCGGCGGUGGAUGCGCCGGUGCGCCCGGCCGCCGCGGGGCCCGGCGCGAUGGAGGGCGGCGAGCUGGGCGCGGAGAACAUGGAGACCCUGACCGAGCUGGGAGACGAGCUCACCCUGGGGGACAUCGACGAGAUGCUGCAGUUCGUCAGUAACCAGGCGGGAGACUUUCCAGACCUGUUUUCGGAUCACUUGUGCAGCACCUUCCAGGGCAGUGGCAGCGGCGGGAGCAGCGGUGGGAGCCUGGAGCCGCCGGCGCAGCGGCCGUACAGCCAAGUGCAGCUGCAGCCCUUCCCGCCGGCCCCCGCCUCCCCCCAGCUCCAGAGCCUGCCGGCCAAAGCGCCGCAGGCAGCAACCCCAGCCCCGCCGCGCUCGGCCCCUCUCCUCCAGCCCCGGCCCCCGCUCCAGCCUCAGCUCCAGCAGCAGGCCGUGAUGAUUACACCCACCUUCAGCUCUGCUCCCCAGACCAGGAUUAUCCAACAGCCUGUGAUCUAUCAGAACGCGGCCACGAGUUUCCAAGUUCUCCAGCCUCAGGUGCAGAGCCUGGUGACGUCCUCACAGGUUCAGCCGGUGACCAUCCAGCAGCAAGUGCAGACCGUGCAGGCCCAGCGAGUGCUAACGCAGGCAGCCAACGGCACCAUCCAGACCUUAACACCAGCCACGGUCCAGACGGUUGCUGCACCACAGGUCCAGCAAGUUCCAGUUCUGGUCCAACCUCAGAUCAUAAAAACGGACUCCCUUGUCCUGACAACGCUGAAAGCAGAUGGUAAUCCUGUUAUGGCCGCGGUGCAGAACCCAGCGCUGACAGCGCUCACUGCUCCCAUUCAGACCACAGCUCUCCAGACCCUUGUUGGGAGCAAUGGGACCAUUUUGACCACAAUGCCAGUGAUGGUGGGACAAGAAAAGGUGCCUAUCAAACAGGUCCCUGGGGGUGUCAAGCAACCAGAAGCACCUAAAGAAGGAGAGAGGAGAACAACUCACAACAUCAUUGAAAAGCGUUACCGGUCGUCCAUAAAUGACAAGAUCAUUGAGCUGAAGGACCUUGUCAUGGGGACAGAUGCCAAGAUGCACAAGUCGGGAGUCCUGAGAAAAGCCAUUGAUUACAUUAAAUACCUGCAGCAGGCCAACCAUAAACUGAGGCAGGAGAAUAUGGUUCUGAAGCUGGCUAACCAAAAAAACAAGCUGUUGAAGGGCAUUGACCUAAGCAGUCUGGUUGACAACGAUGUGGAUUUGAAGAUAGAUGACUUCAACCAGAAUGUGCUGCUGAUGUCUCCUCCAGCCUCUGACUCGGGAUCCCAGGCUGGCUUCUCUCCCUAUUCCAUUGAUUCAGAGCCAGGAAGCCCACUCCUUGAUGAUGCAAAGGUUAAAGAUGAGCCUGACUCACCUCCUGUGGCCCUUGGUAUGGUGGAUCGCUCUCGAAUCCUCCUCUGUGCUCUCACGUUCCUUUGCCUUUCCUUCAAUCCUCUGACAUCCCUCCUGGACGCCCGAGGAACCCCAGAGUCCGACAGCCUGGUGCGCCACGGCUCUGGCAGGAACGUGCUGACCAUUGAGUCAGAUGCAGGUGGUUGGUUUGGCUGGAUGAUGCCCACGCUGAUCCUGUGGCUCGUGAAUGGAGUGAUUGUGCUGAGCGUGUUCAUAAAGCUGCUUGUGCACGGAGAGCCAGUGACUCGGCUGCACUCGAGGUCAUCGGUCACGUUCUGGAGGCACCGCAAGCAAGCGGACCUGGAUCUUGCACGGGGGGAUUUUGCCGCAGCCGCAUCAAACCUGCAGACCUGCCUGUCGGUCCUCGGCCGGGCGCUGCCGGCUUCCCGCCUGGACUUGGCCUGCAGCCUGUCCUGGAACGUGAUCCGCUACAGCCUGCAGAAGCUGGCACUGGUGAGAUGGCUGCUGAAGAGGACUUCUCACCAGUGGCGGGCGCGGGAGGCCACCGCAGGCUCUGAGGACGAGGCCAAGACCAGCGCUCGGGAUGCGGCUUUGGCCUAUCACAAACUCCAUCAGCUCCACAUUACAGGUAAACUUCCCUCCAGCUCGGCUUACUCGGGCUUGCACAUGGCCCUGUGUGCUGUGAAUCUGGCCGAGUGUGCAGAAGAGAAGAUCCCGCCCAGCACUAUGGCAGAAAUCCACCUGACAGCCGCCGUUGGCUUGAAAACCCGCUGUGGGGGCAAGCUUGGCUUCCUGGCGAGCUACUUUCUAAGCCAGGCCCAAAGCCUGUGCAGCUCGGAGCGGAGUGCCAUCCCUGACUCCUUGCGUUGGCUGUGCCACCCCCUGGGACAGAAGUUUUUUGUGGAGCGAAGCUGGACGGUGAAGUCUGCUGCGAAGGAGAGCCUGUACUGCACCCAAAGGAACCCUGCGGAUCCCAUUGCACAAGUUCAUCAGGCGUUUUGUGAGAACCUGCUAGAGCGAGCGGUGGAUUCACUUGUGAAGCCUCAGACCAGCAGAGAGGCAGCAGGGCAAGAGGAGGAGGAGCCCUGUGAGUUCUCCAGUGCCAUGGAGUACCUCAAAUUGCUCAACUCUUUCUUGGACUCGAUGGGAAGUGGAGCCCCACCAUUUGCCAGCAAUUCUGUACUCAAGUCUGCCCUGGGCCCCGAUGUGGUGUGCAGGUGGUGGUCGGCAGCAGUGGCCAUGGCGAUCAGCUGGCUCAGAGGGGACGAUGCAGCUGUCAGGUCCCAUUUUGCGGAAGUGGAGCGCAUGCCGAAAUCCCUGGAGAUGUCAGAGAAUGCCCUGGUGAAAGCCACCUUCUACGUGUGUAAAGCCAUGCAGACUUCACUGUCUGGAAAGGCAGAUGGACAGCAGAGCUCCUUGGGUCACUGUGAGAGAGCCAGCAGUCACUUAUGGAACAGCCUCAACAUGAGCAGUGGCAUCUCCAGCACUGUCCUCAGCAACAUGAUCCAGCUGCUCGCCUGUGACUUGCUGCUCUCUCUCCGCACCAGCCUGUGGCAGAAGCAGGCGAACGCCAGCCAGACGCUGGGUGAGACGUACCACGCCUCGGCCCCCGAGCUGACGGGCUUCCAGCGGGACCUCGGCAGCCUGCGCAAGCUGGCCCACGGCUUCCGGCCCGCCUACCGCAAGGUCUUCCUGCAUGAGGCUACGGUGCGCCUGAUGGCGGGUGCCAGCCCUACCCGCACCCACCAGCUUCUGGAGCACAGCCUGAGGCGACGCACACCCCAGAGCAGCAAACAAGGUGAGCUGGACACCCUGCCAGGCCAGCGAGAGCGAGCCACAGCCAUCCUGUUGGCCUGCCGCCACCUGCCCCUUUCCUUCCUCUCCUCGCCGGGCCAGCGAGCAGUCCUGCUGGCCGAGGCCGCCCGCACGCUGGAGAAGGUGGGGGACAAGCGCUCCUGUAACGACUGCCAGCAGAUGAUCGUCAAGCUGAGCGGGGGCACGGCCCUCGCCGCCUCCUAACACCGGUCUGGGGCCGAACCCCAGCCUGGACUUCCCUUCUGGAGCUUAAACAAACCCCACAGUGCUAGGCUAGGGCUGUGCUGGUGGGAUGGCGAUGGGCUGGGGGAGGGAGGGGUUUGGUUUGGGUUUGUGGUUGGUUUGUUUCUUUACCUUGCCCCGCAGGUUUAGCUUUAUUAGCCCCCUUGCUUGUUCUCAGGCGCUACAGCAGGAAUCUGUCGUUGUUUUUGCGACUGUGCCUGGGGCUGUUGGGAAGUGCUGCCCCAACCCAGAGCCCCUCCCCUUCCCCAUCCCUGUUGAGGGGAGAAGCUCACGAGCCCAAGGCAUAGAGAAGAGGCACAUGCUGUUUCUGUCCUCAGGGGCAUCUUUGUUCCCUUCCCAAACACCUCUGUGGAAAGAAACCUUUGGGGAGGGCAGAGGUUCUGCUCAAGCCUUGCCCCACGGGGCCGCUGGGGUCUGGGGCUGUUCUGGAGAGAGAGGGGGAAGGCGCCAGCUUUCCUUGAGCUGCGUAUCAGGAAACUGAAGCCCCUCACCCCAUCCCUCCCCAGUUUAGAGGUGCUCUGGGAGUAUCACUUGGGGCCAGUACUGCCUGGCAAAUUUCUCUACCUUUUUUAUACAGGUUUUUUUAUAGGAGUGUUUGUGGCUUUACAGAAAAAAAACAAAACCCUGUAGGAAACAAUGCAGCAGAUUUCCCUUCCUCUCCACUUUGUGCGUCUCCUUCCUGUGAUAGCUGCCUCUGGUUUUUUGGCAAGGAGCUGGCUUUGUGGCAGCCUACAGCUCUUAGAAGGCACCUGGCGGCGUCCCUGGUCGUCUAGUGCUAGAUGGCGGCAGAGGUGGACAUGCAGCACCCUGCGCUCGGCAUGAAGGGUGAACGCUGCUCUGGUGCCUUUCCAUUGAUGCAGAAACGAUUUUUAGAAUCACUUCUUUUUAGAUUUUACUCAGCUCCCAGUCCUGGAACUUUGUCUUCAGGUGUUUAUCUUUCGCUUCUCCAACUGCUCGACAGCUCCUGAGGAGGUCCUGCUCCAGGGUGUGGGUCUCCCAGCUCUGUUACCGGCGCUGGUCAGAGCGCUCUGACUCACAGGUGUUGGAUUGACUGUGGUUUUCCAAGAGAAGACGGGGAGGUGGGUUGGGGAUGGGGAGGGAAUGGUUUGCCCUCCUUUCUCUCUGCCUUUCCUGUUGCAUCUCUCCAAAGAAGUGCAAAGCAGUUGCCAUCUCAGACGUGCAGAUGUGGAAAGCAGCCUCUGGCAGGUGGGCAUGGCUGGUUCCCCCCUCUUUGGGGAGUAGCUGGUGGGUGCCCAGCUGCAGUGGCUGCAGCAUGUGCUUCUCACCCCACUGCCAAGCUGAGGGGGAUAUCCCUUGCUUCCCUGUGUGGGCAGUUGGAGGAGAGCUCGUCCUUUGGUGGGGAUAAAGCUGCUCUUGCCUGUCUUCGGUCAGUGUAGGGGAUGCUCUGGUGGCAGCCACUUUGAGCAAGUAUCCUAAGUGUGCAGAAGAGCUUUGAGCUCGGGGCACGUUUUGAUCGCCCAGCCCAAGUGUCCCUGGUUUUGGAGGUGGAUCACAUCCCCCCCCACUUCUUUUCCUCUUAAGUGGCUCUCGCACCAUCUUCCUGGUUGUGGGGUUUUCCUAAAAUGCAGAAACUCCUUUCCUGUGGCAGCCCCUCGAGUGAUGUCGCAUUUCCCCGGAUCUGCAUCCGACACAGGGGAAGUUUUGUGCUUUAUUGAGAGGAAGCAGGACUUUUGGGAGAAGGGAGAUGCUGAAGGAGGCUUCACUUUGUCACUAACAGUGGGCCGAGUGCUGGGAGAUGGGCUGUAGGGAGUGGGCUGGGAAGCUGCUGGGUAGAAGCCCCUGUAGCUGAUGGCAUGACUUGUGAGAAGGUCAUAGCACUGCUGGUGCUUCUCUCCCCUCCGGAGCGAGGACUCUGCCCUGUUUUUUCUACACCAUUGAUAAAUUUGCUGCCCACCUGUCCUUACAACCUUUUUUAUGUGUGUGUGUGUGUAUAUACUGUAACUUUUUUGUCCGUGGGUGGGAGGAAAUUGUUUUAACGGAUUAUGUGAAGAAAGUUUUUAUUUAUCCACGUGGAAUUCAAGAGGAGGGAUGCUUUGUGAUACAAGAUGCAACUGGUGGUGGGGAGGUUCCCUGGGGGACAUAUCUGCUGUUUGAAAACCCUGUUCCAGGGCUCUAGAGCAUCUGUUACCUAAUAAAGAUGAACGUUACCACCA